AGAGAUAGAGAUAAUGCGCUAAAGCAGUUACGGAGGAUUGAGGAAACGUUUCAACCAACAUGACAAAGCAGAAAGAGAGAACCAAAGAGAGCAAACUCACCCGCUACAUGAAGGCACCCUUAAGGUUCCUCAAGAAGGCCAGAGACAUGUACGUCCGAGGCAUGAUCCAUUGCUCUGCCCAAUUAUCCAACGUCGACGCUGCCAUGGGCUGCCCCACCGCCCAGCCUUGCACGCUUCCCAGAAGCUUCAGCGUUGGCUCAGCCACCAGAUCCACCGCAAGCGACGACGACUUCAAGGAGCUCAUAAGAGCCGCCUCACUCCGAACCUAUGGCAGUGCCUUUGACUUUGGCGAAGCCGCAGCCAUGAAAAUCAAAAUGCCUCGGAGUCGUAGCGUGGGAAUUGGAAGGAUCGACGAAGACAAGCCCUGCGAAUUUGGAGAUGAAGCGAUCAAGGUCAGACCCAGACCCAACGUUUAUCCUCGAAGUAAAAGUUAUUCUACCCGCAGAGGAGCACCGGGGUUGUUUUAGUUAACGUUAAUGUUUGUUAAUUACCAUGUUUCUCCACUGCCAAUGUAAGCAAAUAAAUUGUGAAAAUCGUUCAUUUAAAGUCCCGGAGUCUGGCUGUGUGAAUUAGUAGCCAUGAAAAUAAGGAAGUUUUGAUUCUCAAUUA